GGCACCAAAUGCCUGCCUGGCUUCUUAUCUCUCACUUCGACUCUCUUUCACGCAUCCUAGGCAACUGGCGUAUCAGCACACACGCACGAAGCCUCGCGAGCAACCAUGUCUUGCUUUGACUUGUGCGGAUUGUUGAAAUGGAAAGACGACGGUAAUCGCCGACACAAUGGAGUUGUUCCCAUAUAUACUUUUGACGAGCUGGCCACAGCAACUGGUUAUUUCUCCAACGAAAACCGCCUUGGCGAGGGUGGUUUUGGUCAAGUUUACAAGGGAGUACUUUCAAACCAAAAAGUCGUUGCUGUUAAGAGGCUUAAACAUUAUUCUAAUCCGAACAAAGAGGAACAAGCGCGACGACAAUUUGACGAUGAGGUUAAAACCAUUAGUCGCAUCCGUCAUCGGAAUAUUGUUGAGGUGGUAGGAUAUUGCAGUCAUAAAGCUGAUAGGUUACUUGUUUAUGAGUAUGUGUCCAACAAUUCAUUGAAAUCUCAUCUGGAUGGGAAUGGAAUGCCGACAAUCAAUUGGCCAACCAGAAUGAAAAUUGCUUUGGGCACUGCAAAGGGGUUAGCAUAUUUGCAUGAGGACUGUGUACCUGGCAUCAUUCAUCGGGAUAUUAAGAGUGAUAAUAUUCUUCUUAAUGAAAAAUUUGAACCAAAGAUCGGAGAUUUUGGACUUUCCAAAGAUUUUCCAGAAUCUUUUAGUCAUGUUUCUACUGACCCAAGGGGAACUCAUGCUUAUGCACCUCCUGAGUAUUACAACAAAGAUGGCCAGGAAAGGAAGCUUACAGAUAAAUCUGAUGUCUUUUCUUUCGGUAUUGUGCUUUUGGAGUUAAUUACGGGGAAACCAGCCGUUUUUGAAGUGGAACCCAAAAAAUAUAUUCGCUUAGCUGUUUGGAUAUAUGAACAAUUAACCACUAAUGGCUAA